AUGUCAGACCCUGAGCAUCCUCCCGACAUCUCCAAAGAAGCAGCGGAUCACGUUCAGCAUGUGGGGAAGAGUCCGAUCACCGCGGGGAAAUUGGCAACACAGCAACAAAUGAUGGCCGCGUUGACGGCGACAGACAUAACCAUCCGCCGUUUAGAUCUUAUCCUAUCCACAGCCGCCGGGCAAGAAAGAAUUCUAGCGACGGUAAACUACGUCGCGUCAAUCCUCCAACAUGUCUGCGCAUCAACCCCCUGGAAAGCCUUCCAAACACGCCUCCUCCUCCUCGCCCGAAUCAAAGCCCGCUCCGCAUCACCAACCAGCAAAACCGCUCCGUCUGGCUCAAAAUGGGCAGCCCUAUCUUCACUCGCCUCAGAAACCCGAUACAAUAUUCGCCUAUUCGGGCUCCUCCCACUAUGGAUCUGGGGCUCCGAUACGCUCAAAAAUCCACCAACAGACCCCAUAAUCCACGCCCUGACAAUACUCCAGGUCGUCUCGAACGUGAUCUACCAACUCCUCGAGAACGUAGCCUACCUCGCCUCCAAGAACGUCCUCCCAAAGCGCUUCGUCGACAAGUACGGCGGCAUCGACAAAUGGUACAUCUGGAGCACCCGCGGCUGGUUCGGCCACAUCUUCUUCGAAUUCUUCGUGCUAUGGCGACAGCACAUCCUCCGCAAGCGACGUCUCGCCGCACAGCGCGAAGCCGCCGACACCCUCGAGACCAAGGAGGACAUCAAAGCGGCGGAGAAAGAGGCGCUGCGCCUUGAGAUCCGCUCCUGGCGCAAGAGUCUCGUUAACAAUACCAUCUGGGCGCCGUUGUGCUUGCACUGGUGCUUGGAGAAGGGGAUUGGGAUUCCGGAGAGUCUGACGGGAUUGAUUAGUUUCAUGGCUGGGGCGUGGAGUCUACAUGAUCAGUGGGCUGAUACGGCGAAGAUGUAG